UGACAGGUCGCCUGACUGGGCUCCUCCCCGGGCCCGCCCCCACAGGUUUGUCUUGUGACCGCGGGCGGCCGCCGCUUCUUUCCCGAGCUUGGAACUUCGUUAUCCGCGAUGCGUUUCCUGGCCGCUACAUUCCUGCUCCUGGUGCUCAGCACCGCCGCCCAGGCCGAACCCGUGCAGUUCAAGGACUGCGGUUCUGUGGAUGGAGUUAUAAAGGAAGUGAAUGUGAGCCCAUGCCCCACCCAGCCCUGCCAACUGAGCAAAGGACAGUCUUACAGCGUCAAUGUCACCUUCACCAGCAAUAUUCAGUCUAAAAGCAGCAAGGCCGUGGUGCAUGGCAUCCUGAUGGGCGUCCCAAUUCCCUUUCCCAUUCCUGAGCCUGAUGGUUGUAAAAGUGGAAUUAACUGUCCCAUCCAAAAAGACAAGACCUAUAGCUACCUGAAUAAACUACCAGUGAAAAGCGAAUAUCCCUCUAUAAAAUUGGUGGUGGAGUGGCAACUUCAGGAUGACAAAAACCAAAGUCUCUUCUGCUGGGAAAUCCCAGUACAGAUCGUGUUCCCUUGCCUGUUGUCUGCUCGUUGCCCAAUGCUAGCCACAGAGCACAGGUGUUUGCAGUUCCAAAUGGAGAAUAAGAGCCUGAGAUUCUGGAGCCGACGUGGCAUGUCAGUGCGAAUCCCCUCACCUGCAGGGGCUUGGAGAAGGACGGCUCCCUUCUGGCAGGCCCUCCUCCACAAAUCAUAUGGCCCAGAUAAGCAGCCAGCAGGCAGAAAGGUCAGCUUAGCUCUGACUGCCAGUGGGUAAGGCCAAGAAGGAGCCUGGCAGACAAAUGGAUGGCUGCUGGCCUUGAACAUGGCAGAGCCGCUGGGUGUGCCAGAUCAAAAAGCAGAGAGCAGGCCAGCAGCAGCAGACUGUUCUCAGUGCUGGAGAAAUGCAUUGCUCUGCUCACUACACCC